AUGAUGCUCGGAGCAAGUGAACAUCUUUACACCUUGACGAUUUGUGAAACUCCGCGACGGGAUCCCUUACAGAGAAACUUCUUCACAACGAUUGAGGACUGUUUGAAUCAAGCAUUGACCACGGGAAUGGUUCCUCUAAGAGGUGACAUAAUCGAAGACGGUGUCAUGUACAAAAGUCCGCAGGAAGUCCAACGCCUAAGAUGCACGAUCGAAGCACCGUACCUCGUGGAGAACAGAAUCAUCAUGUACCGUAUCGCAGUCGAAUACCACGGGCAGACCUGGUACGUCCAUCGCAGAUUCCAGGACUUCAUGGUGCUCAGUGACAGCCUGAAGAAAUACUUCCCGAAAGAAGUUGUCCCGAAACUACCGUCGAAAACACUCUUCAACAACCGAUCGGAAGAGUUCGUGUCCAAAAGAUCAAAGGGACUCCAGCUAUUCCUCAACGUGCUCCUCGAGUCGGAGCUCUUGAGGAACGACAGGCACGUUGCCGUUUUCCUCCAGACCGAACUUGCCGAGGAAAAACUCAUGGAGGGCAUCGAGAGCUCUCGGAAAGCCACAAACUCGUUCACGUCAUCGGAAGAGGACGGACAGAAAGAAGUCGACUACUUAGGCAAGACCGAGAAGCACCACGUCAAGCCAAAGGACUUUGACUUCAUGAAAAUAAUCGGUCACGGCUCCUAUGGAAAAGUGAUACUGGCGAAACAUCUCGAGACCGGCCGCCACUAUGCAGUCAAAGUUCUCAAUAAAAAACACAUCAUGAAAAGGAACGAGAGCCGCCACAUCAUGCAGGAGCGCGACAUUUUAAUCAAGGUUCUUCAUCAUCCUUUCCUCGUCGGACUCCACUACUCAUUCCAAACGUCGAACAAGCUUUACUUCGUGCUGGACUUUGUCAAUGGCGGGGAACUAUUCUUCCAUCUACAACAGAACAAGCGUUUCUCAGAGAAGCGAUCCAAAUUCUACGCCGCGGAAAUCACCUGUGCCCUCGAUUAUCUCCACUCUCAGGGCAUAAUUUACAGGGAUCUCAAGCCCGAGAAUAUUCUCCUGGACAACACGGGUCACAUCGUUCUGACGGACUUCGGUCUCUGUAAGGACGGUAUCAAGGGAAGCGAUACGACAUCGACGUUCUGCGGCACCCCUGAGUACCUCGCCCCUGAGGUCAUCCGCAAAGAGGACUAUGACAAAACCGUCGAUUGGUGGUGCUUGGGAUCCGUGCUGUUCGAAAUGCUGUCAGGGUUGCCGGCCUUCUACAGUCACAACAGCAAACAGCUGUAUGACAACAUUUUGCAUCAGCCCUUAACGUUCCCACAAACGAACAUGUCUUCGUCCGCGCGAAACAUUCUGACGGGACUUCUACAGAAAGAUAAGGCGAAAAGAUUGGGUGCCAACGGUGAUGGAGCUGAGAUAAAGGGUCAUCCUUUCUUCCACGACAUCAAUUGGAAUGAACUGGAGAAACGUAGGGUCAAACCGCCGUUCGUACCGACCGUGAAUGGGAAAAUCGAUCUCAACAACAUCGAUCCCGAGUUCACCAGGGAGCCAGUACCGCAAUCUGUCUACCGAUCCGUUGGCUCGACGAGCGUAGGAAUGGAGAACAACGCUUUUAAAGGCUUCUCGUACGCGCCAUCGUCCUCCAUGCGGAGCGAUGUUUAUUGAAUGGAGAGAAUUUCUCCGUGUCUGCGAGAAGGAACAUCCCUGUUCUUAGUUUUGUAAGAAAAAUUCGACGAAUAUGUGCAAUAUCGAGUCUGGUGGUUCGAAAGACUUCGUGCAGACUAUCAUGGUCAUCCAGAUCCCAACUCCCAGCGUAAUCGAGGAGGGCGAGCCGUGCGAUUCGAAUUCCCUUCGCCAACGAUGCGCUUCGAUUCGGAACAUUUUAUUUCACCCAUCGGUUCCUGGAUCUUAGCAGCUGGCCACCUGAUUCGGAUUGGCUUUCCGUUCAUUUUACCGGAUUUGUCGAUAGCUUCAUUUCAGAAACGGACAGUCUCAUUCCUAAGAUUAAGAUAGCACGGCCUCGCCGGUUGAACUCACCGAAUCAACUUAUUUAGAUACGCGAACUUUUGAACGCCCCGUGAGACUGCUGUGAUCCCGUUAUUUUCCAACAAAAUGCAAGCUGUAUAUACUUCCCCUAUGUGUACAUUGACGCAGUAACGAAAUCACAAAUAAACGCGGAAUGAACAGGA